AUGGCUUCACCUACCCCAUUCAUCCUUCAUACCGAGAACUUGACUCCCAAGUCAUUCAAGGUUGAGCUCCUCAAUAUCACCUAUGUGGGAAGAGAUGGAAAGGAACACCCCUGGACAACCGCUUCACGCAAGCCUUGUGGUGCCAGUGGCAUUGAUGCCAUCCUCAUCCCCAACAUCAUUCGUCGACCCAACCAUCCCCCUGCUAUGGCACUUGUGAUCCAGUACCGGCCACCGACAGAGGCCGACUGCGUCGAAUGGCCCGCGGGCCUUAUCGAAGUUGGAGAGACGCCUCAGGAUGCAGCUAUUCGAGAGUUCAAAGAGGAGGUAGGAUACGACGGGGGCCGUGUCGUCCACACCACUCCUACCGCUGUUGCCGACCCUGGCAUGAGCACCGCCAAUUUGCAGUUUGCAACCGUGGAGGCUGACGUUAAAGAAGGCGACCAGCCUCCUGUCCAGAAUCUACAGGAUAACGAAGAUAUUGUGGUCAAACAUGUUGCACUUGACGAUCUGUACGAUGAACUCGUCAAGUACGCGGAGAAAGGCCUCGCGAUUGACGCGAGAGUGCUUACCUUCGCCAUGGGCUGGAACAAGCACAAGGAGUAUUCAUCUGCUGGGUUGUGCUGA